AUGGCCUCCGACAAACGCCAAGCUGCUAGCGGCGCGAUGAUGUCGAGCGUGGGCAACUCCCAGAUCUACGAGGACGGUGACCAGCGGACCUCUUCUGCGGACCAGCGCGAGGAGAUGCAGCGGCAAAAGGACCAGCUGGCCACGGGCCAGAAGAACGCGCAUCGUAUCGAUGACCCAAAAGACGACCGCAAUCUCCAAAUCCGCGCGAAGCAAGAGCGCGUCGAGGAGCGGCAAGCGGAGCGCGAGGAGAGUCAGAAGACCGUGAAGGACCCUCUGGAGCCUGCGACGAGGCAAGGCCAUGAGCCUUCUCGCGGCGCGCAGAUGGAUGCCGAGCUCCAGCACGAGGACGAGGAGAUGUUGAAGAAGAAGGGCGCAUACCAUGGCGUGGCGCAUAACAAGAAGUCAUAA